UUUCGGCGGCCGGUUUAGACGUUUUGUGAUUCUCAACCGUAUCAGUUGUAAUGUUAUCAUCGCUUUUCCUGCUGCCCCUUUUGGCUUUGGCCGGAGCGGCUAAGAGCCUGCACAUUCAGCACUUGACAUUGAGGGAUACCCAGCAAGUGCCCGUGGAGAUCCAGCCGCUGAUCAUCGAUGGCUACGAUGUGCAGGGAGUGGACAAUGUGCCCUACCUGGCUUCCUUGUCCCUGACCAGGUCCACCUAUACCCACCAGUGCGGAGCAUCCAUCAUCGCCAAGCGGUGGCUCCUAACGGCCGCCCACUGUGUCGAGGAGUUGCGGCAGUUCAAUGGGGAUGUCGUGGGAACACCUGUUUAUGCGGGGAUCAUCAACAGAUCCAACGUGACCGCCGCCCAAGUGCGCUAUGUGGACUUUGCCUCCACUCACCGUUCGUUUACUGGCCGUGCUGGAAGUGAUAAUAUUGCCCUGCUGCAUGUCUCCGAAAGUUUCGAAUACAACGCUCGUGUGCAGCAAAUCGCACUGCCCGAUAUCAACGAUGAUUAUAGCAACAAGACAGCGGCUGCCUAUGGUUGGGGACUGACAGAUGCCGAUGGCGAUGAGUACUCCAAGGAACUGCAGUAUGCCUUUGCUCCGCUGCUUAACAGCACCGCCUGCAAGGAGUUGCUCCCUUCGGAUGCGCCUCUUACGGACAAACAGGUGUGUUCGCAGGUGAAGACCUGCUACGGAGACGGAGGCACUCCCCUGAUCUACUGGCCCCUGACUGGACCCGCGGAACUGGUGGCCCUCGGAUCAUGGAGCUACAUGCCCUGCGGCUAUGCCAAACGGCCCACUGUGUACACCUCUGUGCCGCCAUACGUCGGAUGGAUCUAUCAAGUGAUCGCCGCGUACUACCAGCUAAACUGAGAUUUAGGGGUGCCUAAUGGCAGAUUUUUGCGUAAUACUCUAGCACUGCAUUAAAGUAAACACCGCGAGUUUCCGUAUCUAAUCACGGAGCUCGUUAACUGCGAAUCGA